GUGCCGGGGCUGGGACUGGGAGCCCGGGCGGUGCUGGGUCUGGGGGCGCUGCUGUGCUCGCGGUCCGUGGUUCAGGGGGGCAGCGGCGCCUGGCGCUGGGGGCCGGGGCUCAGAGCCAUGCAGUGCGCGGCCCAGAGGCCGCUCCGCUACCUCGGGCAGGAGGAGGCACAAGCCAUCGACCAGGAGCUGUUCGAGGAGUAUAAAUUCAGUGUGGAUCAGUUAAUGGAGCUGGCGGGCCUCAGCUGUGCCAGUGCCGUGGCGAAGACUUAUCCACCGAACAGUCUCCUCAGGCAGCCGGCCACCAUCCUGGUUUUGUGUGGCCCUGGGAACAAUGGCGGAGAUGGCCUGGUGUGUGCUCGACACCUCAAACUCUUUGGUUACGAGCCGGUGAUUUUUUAUCCCAAACGGCCAAGUAAGGCGCUCUUUCAGUCACUGACCAUCCAGUGUGAGAAGAUGGACAUCCCUUUCCUCACACAGCUGCCUGCAGAGGCUUCGGUGAUUGAUGAGCUUUAUAACCUUGUUGUGGAUGCGAUCUUUGGCUUCAGUUUUCGGGGUGAGGUGCGAGAGCCGUUUGCCUCUGUCAUCAGCACCCUGGAGAAGGUGACAGUGCCCAUCGCCAGUGUGGACAUCCCCUCAGGCUGGGAUGUGGAGAAGGGGAGCAUCACUGGGAUCCAGCCCGACCUGCUCGUGUCUCUCACGGCUCCUAAGAAAUCUGCACGGUAUUUCCGAGGUCGUUAUCAUUACUUGGGUGGCCGCUUCGUGCCACCGGCACUGGACAAGAAAUACGACCUGAAUUUACCGCAAUUCCCGGGCACUGAGUGUGUCCACCAGCUGCUCUAAGUCCCCAUGGCUGUCGCCAAGAGGGCUUUGGAGAGGGGAGCUUUCCUCUGUCUCUAAUCUAACUCUGGAGUGUGGACAGAGAAUGUAGAGGGAGCUUUACUAUGUUUCUAAUCCUGACCUGGGAGUGUGGACAGAUGAUGUAGAGGGAGCUUUACUGUGUUUCUAACCCUGACCUGGGAGUGUGGACGGAUAGUGUAGAGAGAGCUUUACUCUGGCUCCACCCCGACCCAGGAGUUUGGACAGACAAUGUGGAGGGAGCUUUAUUCUGUCUCCAACCCUGAUCUGUGAGUAUGGACAGACAGUAUGGAGGGAGUUUUAAUGUGUCUCUAACCCGGGAGUAUGGACGGACAGUGCAGAUAGAGCUUUACUCUGACCCAGGAAUGUGGACAGACAUGGUCAAGGGAGUUUUACUCUGUCUCUAACCCUGACCUGGGAGUAUGGAUGGACAGUGUAGAGGGAGCUUUCUUCUGUCUCUAUCCCUGACUCAUGAGUGUGGACGGACAGCGUGGAGUGAGUUUUACUCUGUCUCUAACCCAGGAGUAUGGAUGGACAGUGCAGAGGGAGCUUCACUCUGUCUCUAACCCUGACCUGGGAGUUUGGACUGAACUGUGUGACAGUAACACUUUGUGAUAACACCAACCACUUCAACCUCAAAGUUACUGUGUGUCACAACAUCCACUUCAACGUCAUUGUCACUGUGAAUUGGCAGUCACCUUGAGUUGCACCAACCAAACAUUCACUGUCACACCAAUCUCUCAGACGAAUCAAUAUCAUUCAAUGUCUAGUCGACCACAUAUUCACAGGUAAACUUUUAAAUGUAUUCAAGAAACAGGUUGUGGGAUUCCGAAGCAGUGCAAAGAAUAAAUUUAAAACAAUUUAUUGUUUAAUCUGA